AUGUCCGAGGGUCGGCCAUUGGUCGGCGACGGCCCGAAGAGCUCGAGGCGCGCGUCGGUGGCUGUCGAUCGCGCGUUCGUCACACCGAGCGGACUCAGCGGAUCACUACGCCGGAGAUCCCACCAGCACGGCCCUAGUAUGGUCGUCUGCCAAUACUUCCUACGCGGACAAUGCAAGUUCGGAGACUCGUGCAAGAAUGACCACCCGCGCGACGGCCAGCGCAGUAGCUUCGGAAACCAAACAUGGAGCUCAAGCUCAGGGGGCAACGCACCUGCCCCCCAACUAUUCACCGUAGACUCAAUAACGCGUGACCUCGACCCGCGGUACGAUCGCCCGACAUGGAAGCUGUCCACAUACGCCCCCGCCAAGCACCAGCGUGCCCUCCUACAAAUACCCGAGAGCUCUCCCGAGGAGCUCCGCGUCCGAGCACUGCAAGCGGCACAGACCGGUAAUUUCAACUUAUACGUGCAAGAAGAGGCGACCAGCUUCGCAAUGGCAGACCAGGAAGUCCAGAAGGCCGCGAACAACACUCAAGCCAUGUACCAGCGCGCCAGGCAGAACUACGAGGAAAGCGGCGCGCGCCCCUUCGCUUCCCUCGCCGGAGGGUCGCAGCCCGCACCCGGCCCCGGUAGCGGCGGCGGGGCAUUCGGACAGCCCGCACUCGGGCAGAGCGCGUUCGGGCAGGCUGCCCAGGGCAAGUCAGCUUUUGGUCAGCCUACACAGGGUACCUCUGCCUUUGGCCAGCCUGCCCAGGGGACGUCCACCUUCGGACAGCCUGCUCAAGGAACCUCUGCAUUCGGUCAGCCUGCCCAAGGGACCUCUGCAUUCGGUCAGCCAGCAUCUGGUACGUCCGCGUUCGGUCAGCCAGCAGCGGGUACGUCUGCGUUUGGCCAGCCUGCCCAAGGGACGUCCGCGUUCGGCCAGCCUGCCCAGGGCACAUCAGCAUUUGGCCAGCCCGCCCAGGGUACCUCUGCCUUUGGUCAACCGUCGACUUCAAUCUCAGCGUUCGGCCAAGCGGCGCAAGGCACCCCAGCAUUCGGCCAGUCCUCACUCAUCAAGCCCGCCACCGGUGCAUUCGGCUCGACACCCUCCGGCGGGGCCUUCUCCGCCUUCGCGAACCCUGCCAGCUCAUCAGGCGGCACUCCCAACGCAGGUGGCGGCGGCGGGGCCUUCUCAGCUUUCGCAGGCCAACAGACCUCCGCGUUCGGCCUCGCCACCUCUAAUCCUGCCCCCAACGGCUCCGUCUUCGGCCAACCGUCCUUAGGCAACGGAGCGGCGCCAACAGGCUCGCCUUCGGCGUUUGGGGGAGGCAACACGAGCGCGGCACCAGCGUUUGGCGCGCCCUCCGCCUUCGGUGCGCUCGCGCCACGACCCGCGGCGACAUCCGCAUUCGGGACACCCGCCCCUGGACAGGGCACAAGUGCGUUUGGUGCGCCUGCCGCUGGGCCUGGGCCGAGUGCGUUCGGUGCACCCGCCGCUGGGCCUGGGACCAGCGCGUUUGGCACCCCUGCGGGCGGGGCGAGUGCCUUCGGCGCCCCAGCGGGCGGAGCGAGUGCCUUCGGGACACCAACGGGCGGGGCGAGCGCCUUCGGGACACCGGCGUCGGGCGCAAGCGCGUUUGGCAUGCCGGCGGCGGGGACGAGCGCGUUUGGCUCGACGACGCCCGUGCCGCAGUCCGCGUUUGGCGGGGCGCAGACACAGACACAGGCGCAAGGACAGCCGGCGUCCGCGUUCGCCUCGACGACGCCCCAGCAACCGCCCCCACAGCCCGUCUCCGCCUUCGCGUCCACCCCGCCCACUCAACAACCCGCACCCGCCGCCCCGUCCGCGCCCUCGCCCGCGCACGCCAAGUCGAGUAAGCCUGACUUCGCGAUGGCGCUCGUGACGGUGCGGUGGCAACCCGGGCUGGACAAGUACGACGACAUGCUCCCGCCCAACUACGUAGAGAUCCUGCCGAAGAACAUGUUGGACGCGUUCGGGGCAGAGAGGUUUGAGUGGGGCAAGGUGCCGGAGUUUGUGCCGCCGAAGGAGGUGAGGUAA